UUCUCCUUUCUUAAGCGGCACAUUAGGGUUUUUGGAGGAUUCAAAAGGGAAACUGUGUUUUUGAAUUGAAAAGAAGCAUCCAUCAUCUCAGCACUCUCUAAAAUGGAUCCUUCCGCUCUUAACUCCCCUGAGUUGCAAAACUUCCUCAAUCAAGAAAAACAAAAGGCUAUGCUUAAUGAAAUGGUAGCAAAACUGACAAGUCUGUGCUGGGACAAGUGUAUAACAAGCACUCCUGGAAGCAAGUUCAGCUCGAGCGAAGCAUCGUGUCUUUCAAAUUGUGCCCAACGCUACAUGGACAUGAGUAUGAUCAUCAUGAAACGCUUUCAGUCAAUGGAUUCUAUGCAAUGAAAUCCAUUGAUCGAGGUCUAUCGUUCUCAUUAAUAAUCCUGGUUUUGAGCCCCUUGAGAUGCAUUUUUAUUUCUAAAUUUCUAUCCAUUUCAAUUUGAAAUCACUUGUUUGUAGUGUAUAUCUGCAUGACCCUAUUUGCAAGUUUAAAUCAUUUUAAUCCCUUAAAACCUUUUUCAAUAUUGACUGUUUUAUGUUGUUGUUG